AAAUUGAAAUUUAGUAAACUGAGCGGGAUAAAAUUGGUUGUCGUAUUUGUUUAGUUCUGUUGUCUUUCAUUUACCUGCAAUAAGUAGUCAACUUGGAAUCUUCUGAAAUGGAAGAUACGAAAGGCCAAGAUGAGUGUUCUGAAAUAGUAAAAGAAUCUCCUUCAAGCUCUAAAGAUUUAAGCAAAUCUCUUCCUGAAGAAGCUUUCAAUAAUUUCUUACAAGGGAAAAGACAUAUGCUUGUUCAGGAUUAUACAUUUGCCGUACAGAGCUUGGCUACUGCUUGUGAAUUGUAUGUCAAACAUUUUGGAGAACUGGCUUUGGAAUGUGGUGAAGUUUAUUUCUUGUAUGGUAAAGCUCUGUUUCGUUUGUCUCAACAACAAGCUGGUGUAUUAGGUGAUGCUUUAAAUGAAGGAUCAAAUGAGGAUGAAGAUGAUGAAAAAUCUUCUGAAGAAAGUAAAGAAAAUGGAAGUGAAAAGAAUGCUUCAGAUACUGAAGUAGGAGAAGAUAAUCAAGAAGAUAAAGGUGAAGAAAAAGAACCUUCUGAGUCAACAGAUUCUCCAGAAGCUGUUAUAGAGGAGGCAGAUAAAGAUACCGAAAUGAGAGAAAAUGAGUCAAGUACUUCUUCACCACAGUCAGAGGUUCCAAAAGAAAAUCAGGAACUAAAUGAAAGUCAGUCAGAUCUUGAUAAAAGUCAGCAAGAUACCGAUGAAAAUCAGCAAGAAAAUGAGGAAGAUGACUUGGAAUUAGCCUGGAAUACACUUGAGACAGCAAAAACGAUAUUCAAAAGGCAAGGAGAAGAUAAAGAAGCACAGUUAAAAAUAGCUGAAAUUCUCGUGUUAUUAGCUGAGAUCAGCAUGGAAUCUGGUAAUAAUGUAGCUGCUAUCAAAGAUCUGACAGAAUGUCUGACUAUACAGAAAUGUUAUCUAAGUCCAGAUGAUAGGAGUCUUGCUGAAACAUAUUAUCAAAUGGGACUUGCACUAUCAGAAAAUAAACAAUAUGAUGAAGCCCUUGAAAAUUUCAAAACAACAAUGCAAAUUCUUCAGUUACGAAUUGAAAAUAUAAAGAAAAAGCCAGUGCCUGACUCUAUAGGCACCUUUGCUGCUGCUGAUCAAGAAUUAGAAAUUUCGGAUUUGGAAAACGUUUUAGUUGAUAUUAAAGAGAAAAUAGAAGAUACUGAAGAACAAACAAAAUUGGAGAAAAAGUUGGAAGAAGCAUUAGCUAAUGCUAGCAAGGAAGUCAGUUCUUCAGUGGAUAGUGCUAAAAACAGUAGUAAACCUAUUUCUAAUAUAACCCACUUGCUAAAGAGGAAGAAACCUGAAUCAUCUAGCACUGAUGGCAAAGAAAUGGAAUCUAAACGCUUAAAGAUAAGUUCAAGUUUACCAAAUGGGGAUACAGCAGUUUUACCAGAUACUACCACCAGUUCAGAAACAUGAAGUAAAAGAUAAAAAGGAGUCUAGUGAAGUAAUUACAGUUUUGUGUAUUGUCUUAUUGGAAGACAGCUCCAAAUGCAUUUUAUAGAUAUGUUUUUGAUUCAUGAUGAGAUGUUCAGUAAACUUAAUUUUAUGAUCCACAUUUGUACAUUUCUACAUUUUUCAUAAAGAAUUUUUUCUACUUUG